AUGCUCGUUUUGUUCGGCAAUCUCCAAUCCCCCGUCGGUCAUUCCGCGUCAGAUGAUUCGCCACCUGCUCGACGGCAGCGUUUCCCUAAUGGAGCAGACGUCGGUGAAGGCGAACUAGGUCAGGAGGACCUUUCGUAUCAUGGUCAACCCGCCGGGGAUAUUUGGAUUUUAACUCGGACGAAAGCAAAUCCACAGUCAUUAGACUGGUCCAGUGUAAAUUGGUUUUGGACCAAGGUCGACUGCACCCACUCAUCUGUUGGUUGUCCCCCACUAGAUUUCUAUCAUGCUUGUACUGUCUGUUUACCUUGGGCAAGUACCGCAACCACAUCGGCACAGACUGAAGCGACCGCGUCCCAGGUAGACGAAGUUCAGUAUGCUGAACAACAGCUCUGGGUCAAAACUCCACCUAGCAUAGAUCUGGGACGCACAUUUAUCGUAGUUUGUAUCAGUCAGCCCACACGCAGCCUUCUGGAAGAGGCGGCCAAACAGCGCCGUUAUUGGUGGCAUCGAGCUCGUGCUACUCCAGAUACCCGAGUUAAAUCGGUUCCUCGUUCAAAUUCGUUGUCAUCUUCGAUCAUGGAUAUUACUCCGGAUAUUGGCAAUGCCGGUGGUGGUUCAUGCGAUUCGGUGACUAUGUCUGUGCUCCCACAAAGCUCUCCAUCUUCAACCCAACUGCACCCAGGUACCUUCGAUGAAAACCAAACAAAUGAAGCUGCAGUUAAUCGCACAACUGUCAGUCUUCCACCUUCCCCUCAAGGUUCAUCCUAUUUGAUUCAGAGCAGUCGUCGCUCAGCACAGCGUCGGGCUAGACAGCUGGAGGCACUGGCCGUCCAAGAACGUCGCCUCUUCGGAUCUCGUUUAUCACCUUCCCAAACAAUCAGCGGAUCUCAGUCUCAUUCGACAAGCCCCAACCUGGUACCGUCCAGUCCUUCAAAUCAGCCUAGUUCACUUUAUAGUCUACUCCAAUCUGGUACCCAACGACCAUUAGCUGCUUAUACAUUUUCUAUUCACGUCCCUCCAGAAACAAUGACUUCAUUCGGUCCAAUCGAGCGAAACAAAUCUGUCACAGACAAUAAACAAUCUAUUGUUGGUGAAUGGCUCAUACCAAAAAGGUCUCACUUCCUAGACUUGGUCUUCGGCCCCUCUGAAUGUCUGGGAUUCUCAUGUACUUUUGGACACGGUUGUGUGUUCUUGUUUGGUGGCCUUUGUGACUCAGAUGAAGCCUCACACGAUCAAACCAAUGCGCCUUCCGGAUCUGUAGAUAGCCGACCGAUAGAUGAACCGUUUCAUCGGUCAGAACCACUGCGAACCGGUGAUCUAGGAUCACUACGUCUCAGUGCCGCGCGAACUUCCCAAUUCUACGUUCUUCAAGCGCAGUCGUUGUCAACACAGUCUUCCAACUCAGUGCGACCAGGACAGAAUUGCUCUCAAGCGGAAAAUUCCUACUGGCCAAAUCCUGACGAUGCCGGUCUUUUAUUUUGCAAUGAUCAAAUUCACCCAUUUUCUUCUGUAUUCGGCACAAAUCCUUUACAUUUGCAUUGCAGUCGGGAUAAAAAAGAGCGUGUUUCACCUGUGAACCUAUUGGCUAGUCAAGUGUCUGCGAAAUUUAACACUUCGUCUGCACGAUCUCCUGCACUACUUGGAUUAGUUGUUUAUCAUGUGAUGGAAGAGUGGACAUGUCUCUCUCCAGUUGAGCAAGCUAAGCUCAUCAAGUACAAUCCACUUGAUUCCGGAGUGAACCUACUUAGUCGUGCUCAGCCCGUUUACUCGAUACAUAACGUACGACAACUGAAACGAGGCCAGUGUACGGAAAAUCGUCGCACUCAUUCUCCGAUUCCAAUGGCCUCGAAAAAUUCGAAUCAACUGCCCGCCCAGGUCAGUGAUAGUGUUUCCAACGACGACUGUAAAGAGCCAUUGAUGCAUAUCCAAGAGGGAAGAGUUUCUUCACCUUCAAUCGUAUCCCGGCAACUCUUAUCAUUGCCCAUCGAGCCUGGGACUAGACCUAGCAUGGUGUCCGUGUGUGGAGUAGAAAUGGAUGUGGACGAGCUGCGCUCGCUAGAAGAUGUUCCACCGGAAUUCACCACAGCCGAAGCUCUACUUCGUCGUGCAGUUAAAUCCGAUUCAAUACAUGCCGAACGCCUAUCUUUAUUUGCUCGGCACAGCACAUCACACGGUGUAUCAAAACAGGGCAGCUCACUAGAAGAUUUGAGCAAGCGAAUUCCGACUGAACGGAAAAUAGAAGAGGUGAAUGUGGAGUUUCGCAUCCCGCUAGGUAAAAUGAGUAGCGAGGUCGAUCAUAAUCAACCGGUGUCACCGAACCGAACAGCCAGAUCCUCAAUACUAACGGUCCAUCCACCACAUCCACACCCAACACAUGUUGCUCGUCUAUCCGAGGAGUUGGCCUCGGGAACUGAGUUUCCAGAGCUGAAUUCGAAAAUCACCGCUGCAUCUUGGGCUACAAUGGAUUCCACUGAGCUCAAAGAACCGGAGCCCCCUAAUUCAUUGGACACAGGCAGAGACUCGGAAAAUCCUUACCUGCCACCUCCUCAAGAACCGCGAACAUGGCCUAAACGAACAUCCAGUGUGGAUUAUUCAACUCUAGCGGCUUCUGUCAACCGCCCACCUGCACAUAGAGCGAGUGAACUGGGACGUCCAUCAGGAGAAUGCAGUGUUGCAGUCACUGAGAGCAUUCCAGGUAUGAAAUGCUAUGGCUAUUCUAUGCACGAACGUCAAAUUCAGUAUGAAGAACAUUAUAAUAAAGAAAUGGAUUUGGUAAAACGAAUUCAAACAACAAAAGAGCGUACAUGUUCAAGCUUUUAUUGGACUAGACGAGCGUCAAUGGGUUUUCCUCCAGAUCAUCUUCACACAAAGUCAACUCGACCUCCAUCAGUUCCGCGGAAAGAGUAUCACCCAGGGCGUUCUAUGAUCAGUGAAACAAGAGAACAGUUUACUGAUCCCACUCGUCGUCAAGCUACAGAACAACUAGAUCCACAUUUGACUGCGCAGAAAUCACCUUUUAUGUCAUCUCACCAGCCACCAGAAUCCAAAUUAGAUUCACUUUCUGGCGAUCGCAAUUUACUUCCUCAAAUGGAGUCCCGUUGUAGCCUGUCGCAAUGUCGCGCCACAAAUCGGCCAUGUUCGGGUCUUGGCAAGCUGUGUUUCUAUCCAAAUCGACCAGAUUCCGAACCAGGAGGUUGGAUGAUGCAAGGCAGCCCAUGUCGUCCAGCCCGUUCUCAAAGUGUACCUAACCGUCACAGCACCAGUGAUAUGGUCACUCAAGACCCAUUUGCAACCACCUAUAUUUAUCAUCCUCGGUCAUCCUUAUCAGAUCAACAAGGUAGGGGAAGCAACGGACCCUUCCCUGGCGAUUAUGAAGAAUUUCAUCCAUUUCAGUCAAACGUGUCAUUACAUGGCCCUGUUAUGCGCACAUCGGAUCAUAACAUACAACGAUGUAUCGGUCCAGCUUGCGGUUAUCGGCCUGCUGCAGGUAAGCCAUGUGCCCCUCCGGUACCAACAAGUCUAGGGCAACGUCGAAGCCUCUUGGAUGAAAUUCAUAUAGGUCGUGCUAAUCUCCCAGAAAGAUAUGGCUCUCUGACUAGUCAACGUAAACCACCAAGCGAAAUGGAUCCUCGCGUAAUGCCAUAUCCGACACCCAGAGAAUCAAGAGAUCCCAGCCCCGUUAAACCGCCUCCAACAAAGCCCUCUUCGUCCACCCCAAAAAUGCCUCCAAAACGAAGUCCUCGAAAAGGAACAGAAACGCCAAAAAUACCGUCGAAAAUUUCUCCACAAACCGUUGAAAAGGGCGAACGAGAAUUAGUUUCAAAUGCGAUCCCUCGAAAAUCGGAACAACUUUUCGGAUUAGUAACCAGUUCAGGACUUGAGGCUGAACUCUCUUCGCAAGGUGGAGUACAGAUGUUUGCAGAGAAGAAAAACUCAGAACCAAUCAAUGAGUUACCAGUAUACGAAAAACUACACAAAUCUGAUGGAAUUCUCAUGGGAACCGAAAAUAAAUCAGAAUUUCCUUAUUUAAAACAGUCUACUUCUAAACAGAAAGAGGACGAAUUUAUUAGGACACGAUCUGAUGCACCAUCAUUCGCCUCAAUCCCGUCCACGGUAGAACCUCGACAGUCCGAGGUAGACGGCUUUUCUCAAAAUAUUGCAGUUUCACAUGCCUGUAGUGCUCAAGAUGUAAACGAAAUCAAUAAAAUCCUCAGAGAGAAAUUACCUGAUUCAGGGAUAGGAGCCCCACUGGAGAAAUUUAGCGAUGGGUCCCAGUUGCACUUAAAAUUAAGCGACGUCGAUCAUUCCACGGGACAGAAUGACAAAGUCACGGAAGACCAGCAGGAAGCAUUACCUGACCGUUACACCUCGCCACAUGAGGAGAAUGAAGUGCCACGAUCGCAUCCGUCACCCAGAAUUUUGGAUUAUGAAAAUAUGACACAUUCAAGUCAAGAAGUAUUACAAUCAACUGAGAAAAAUCCACAACCCCCAACUCUGAUAAUGUCUGUAAGACAGACGGAUGAGGCUGAUGUUGUCCCGCGUGAUCCAUUAGGCCACCCAAGCCCAGAUGUCGAAGAAAUGACGAUUUCUGCCGAGCCAUCGGCUUCAGCUUCAGGAGAGAAAAAACAACAAGAAUCCAAAAUGUCAGAUUUGAUACCAACUGCACAUUCGGCAGUUGGUGGGGAACUGAAACCAAAUGCUGAAGCAGAUCAAGUUCUCGAAGCUGAUCGGUCUGCUGAUUCCGCUAAAGAGGAUAUAGAAGGCUUGCCACCAAUACCACCAAGAAAAGGUGAGGAUAAUUAUCCGGGUGUGCCGAGUGCAAACAUGUAUCGGACAUUAGGUUCGACCGGUAACAGCCCGGCCGGAUCGCGUUCAUCGUUAAAUGAAAGGAGAAUAUCAUCUAAGCAAAGAAAAACAUUAGAAGAACCAAUUAACGUGUGGGACGUUGAUUCUACUUUGAGGGCUAUUACUACUACGGAACAUGAGCCGCCCAUUUCUCAGAUAAGUUCUACCAUGUUACAUACAGCACAACCAGGUACUCGUGACACAAUUUCUGAUCGUGGUAUGGACUUGUCUACUGCUGCACAAACGAACAUUACGGAAAAUACCCAGCUCUCGGAAAAGGAAAGUGAUCCCUCAACGCCGACCAUGUAUAAAAAAAUUAAAACACACUCAUUAUCACCAGUACAAAAUCCGGUAAAAUCUGAAUUAGCAGAAAAUUCUAGGAAUAUUUCUGUAGAGGAGAAUGCUAUUCAAAGCCUAAAGGAAAUGGAGGAAACUCCCAUUCAAGAUGUGCCUGCAGUUUCGGUAACAGAACAUAUGUCCGAAAAAUCGCCUACUCCACAGAAAUUGCCACCAGAAGUUUCACCUUCCACUCCUAUACUUGUCCCAGUUGUCGAGAAAGGAACCUUUCCGGAUGCUGUUACUUCAGACGGGCGUCCUUCCAAACAACCGGAGUCCAUGAUCUGUCUUUGCCGCGUCGACGAUCCGGAUCGCACAUGUUUGGCUUUCGCCAAAAUAUGUCCCUCUCUUGCUCAGUCAAAUCAGAUACCGAUAGCAGAUUUAUCUUCUGCACCUAUUUCUACAGACCAAACCGAGAGCGAGACCGUGGAAGAACAGUCUAAGUUAGUUCACCCGUCUAGCGUGAACAAACUGAAUCAACCGUUGACUCUAGAAGAGCAUCGUGAACUAAGCAGUGCACGAGAGUUGAGUGCGGUGGAAUCUAUGAACCGACGGAACAUCUCUGACGGCUACGCACUAUAUGAUUUUCGUAAGCAACAAUUCCUUGGAGUAGUCCCGCCACAGCCUUUAUCCUCUCCAUCUUCUGAUGUUCUGUUCGACAGAUCCGGGCUAAGUUUUGAGCACAAAAGCUCAGGGCCAUCAACUGUAACAUCUGAAGAAUCAGAUGGAUUAAUUUUGGGCAAUCAAGAUCCACGUAUUGACUCUCCAAUCACUGGUGAAAGAUUCGGUUCACAGAAGCCGGGUACGACAUCCAUUACGGACAGAACUAAAGAAGUCAAUUCCCCUGAUCAAGAGAAUCGACAUCCCCCACCGCAAACCUUUGAGUCGAAUAAAUCUUCAAAAAAUCAGGAACGAGAUCUGAGCAGCCCUGUUCGUUCACAAACUCGUAGCCGUCCCGAAAGCUCACACUCCCUCGAUAAACAGUUAUGUGCACCCCUUUGUCGUCCACGCUCGGUUGAAUCUAACGAUUCCCAUGCGUCUAAUUUCAAUCAGCCAGAUACAGAGUUUUCUAAAUACUCCAUUUUAGAACCAAUAAACACUAAGCGCAACUCUGAAUCAAUCAACACACGACCAACUGGAUGCAGCUUGAGAGAACAACCAGUGGCAAAACAAACUGAUUUAGGUCACGAGAAUAUUUUGCCAUCGCAAGAAAUUAUCGCAAGCCUCGUUUCUGAUCAACUAUCCUCUGAAACGCGCGAUCCGACCUGUGAAACUAUCAGGGGAAUCGAAAAGUCUGCCCCACAAACUGUAGAACUACCUGCCUCGGUCACCCAUCAAACAGGUUCUCCGUCUGUGUCUGUCGUAGGGAAUAUUGUAAUCUCGGGUCACACUUCUAAUGCUCCUUAUCCCGUAACUUACGACCCGGAGAGAUCUGAGGUUCAGUCUGCUAUUUUAGCACAAACAGUAACUCAAACCGAUCCGGGUAAUACACGACAAUCAUUACAUACAACUUCACUACCAAUAAUUGAUUUUAGAGAACCGUUGGAAUCCCAGAGCAAUCCUAUUUCGGGACCAAAAAUUCAAAUUUCAUCUGAAUCGGAACGCUUGAAACAGCCGAUAGAAACACAAACUAGUAUAGAUAUGCAUCCUAAUCCAGGAGAAUCCGAAAAUGUUAAACAGCUUCAGGAGACACUGAAAUGGCCCGAUUUAAGUAAAGAGAGUGAUACACUAGAAAUUCCACUACAUGCAGCGAUGGAUAUCCAACAACCAGUAGUUUCAAAGGAAGCAAUACAAAUUAAAGAGGUAUCUGAAGAAACAUCACCAGAUGUAGUUCCUCAGAAAGAACAGAGUGACUCUGGAUUUAUAACAGCCUCAAAUAAGCUGGAACCCAAUAUCGUUUCUCCUAAUUACAUCCUCACCGCUGAUGGAAUUCAACAACCGAAUCAGGAGCUUUGUGGCGAACUGAUUACACGUGAACCCAGCUCACCAGUUCUACCAACGGAAUCAGCAAAUGACAAUUCCGCAUUGCGCGCAAUAACAACUGACGGGCUUGGUUCGGAAAAGGAGGUAUGCUCAAAUCCGUUAUCGACAACAACAGUGGAUCACUCCAAGAUCAGUGCACAAAUAGUUUCUUUAGAUCCAACUAUUGCUCAUCUCCCGUGUCCUACACAACCAAGCAAAUUACUACCCUCAGAAGAGUCAGAAUCAUUAGUUCCAAUUUUAACGUUGUAUACUCCAGACUUCCAGAGGCCGGAUUCACAAAUAUCUGCUGGGAUUGGGAAGCAACAAACCCAUCCAAUUCAGUUACAACCGAAUGGAGAAUCACAAGCCGAUCUAGGUGGAACAAAUGCAAAACGAUUAACUAAAUCACAUGGACUAAAUUUCGAAAUUUAUCAUGAUUUAGUGCUCUCUACAACUACAUCCGGCUGUGUUUGUGGAACUGAGCUGAAACCGCUUGAUCAGAACGCAUUUUUACCCAAUUCACCCGCAUGUAAGGUAGACGUAGACACAGAGAUCGCGUACGAUGACCACGGAGGUAGUAAGAGUUUGACCAAUUCCGAAACAAAGAUUUUCAUCAACCAUUCUCUACAACGUCUGCCAAAUCCAGCACACUGCGACCAGGAAAGUAUGUCACAAAAUGACACCAAUUCACCCGCGAGUAUAAAAAAGUACACGCUAGAUGGUAUUCAGCUUUCCGAAGACAAUUUCCCAGAUGCCCAGAUUUCAAUUGUACCCGCGGAACAUGCCACCCAAGUUGAGGAUUUGAGCAAUUCCUGUUCCCCAAAUUUUCCUAGACAUGCUUUGAAGAAUUAUGAAAGCAACAAUAACGGACAUACUUCAUCCAUACAUGAUAUACUCAUCACUGAAAAGGAUUACUAUUUGGGUCAGCAGUGUGAUCAACCAGUAAAUAAAUCGUUUCCAGCCGCACAAUUUUCGCCCAUGAAUCCUCAUGACGGUGAUCAUUUUCCCAAUCAUCACUCUGAUAUGCAUUGUGAGAAAAAGCACAGAAUAUCGGUAAAUGCCUCUGAUGUGAACGAAGUACACUGGGAUCCUUUAAUACGUGAACGGAAACGAAUAGAUCGAUGUCGAUCCACGCCGCCUUGUUACAAUAGAUCUACUUUGUUCGAACGACCUCAAACUGGCACCGGUUGCCCACGAUUCAGAGGAUCUCUAUUAGAGCACUUGGAUGGAUUUGUGCGAAGCAAAUCGAAUAGAUUUCGCCACUUUGAACCAAUGACUCAUUGGGAUAGGCUUAUGAGGAAAAAGGAACUGUUUUUGCAUCGAAGUUUACUUCAGACGGGGUUUGUUUCGGACGGAACGAAUAAUAAGGAAAUAACUGGUAAAAAAAUACAAAAAGGGAAGCAAAAUUUAGAAUGUCGCUAUCGUAGAAAAAUCGAAAGACAAUGUCAUAAGAAACGAACCUGGUUAUUGCCUAAUUAUAAGUACAUUCUUCACAAACUGUAUGCGGGUUUUGAACCAAAAUACGCUCAUAACACCCUUCAGUCGGAUCCAGAAGAAAUGACACGACAUAUGGGCCGAUUUUAUUUACAGAAUUCUAACCUUCUUCGAUCGAGCACCGAUAUCUUAACUCCGCAAUCCGCCUGCCUAAGUUCGAACAACUUACACUUUGAUAAGAAUGCGGUAUUCGUGCGUGGGGAGAAUGCAAACGAAAGCGUUCCACCAGUUUGUGUAAACUACGAACUGAAAUAUUCUGCCGAAAUGAAAGAGUCCGAUGGUCUCACUGGACCAGAAAGCGGUCGGUCAGUUUGCGUGGUCACUCCGCGUCACGUGCACUAUAUGCCUACUCGUCAUGGAACGGUGAAAGAAAUGGUGUAUAAUUCCAACAAAAUCACUCCGGAAGCACAGGAAAUUCUAUUGAUCAUUCGGGACACAAUCACAAUGAUUAUGCAAGAUCUGGCCGCAUUGGACCGUCAAUUGUUAGAUCGCAAUUUUCGUGCGUGUGAGGCGAUAAGUGAGCAUUUGGUGCUUCUACCGAACAUGUUGAUCACCUUACUCGAUCACUUGCACUAUAGUCCGGCGGAAUACGAAUUAGUUCAUCUGACAAGUAGUAUAAACAACUUAAUUGCAAAGAUUGCCUCUGACCCGGUCACUAUACUUUUUCAUCUGAUAGAAUUAGGUUAUCGGUUAAAUGAAUUGGCUCGCAUUUUUGGAGAGGAUCUGGUACCAGACAACAUGCCCCAAGUAGUUCAUGCGAUUCAGUCAAAACUGCACGUAAGUAAAAUAAUCAGUGAUUUCAACCUUGUUAUCGUGUUUUUGUUCUCAUGCUGCAAAUACCUCCCAGUUCGGAUCUUUGUGAUUUAG